ACUGCUUGUAAGUUCAUAAACUGUAUGGCUUAACUGAAAUGAGCAGUAAUAGAAGAUACAUUUACAGCUUCCAGCAUCAACAUGCUCUCUCUAAAUGUCACUCUACUUACCUGCAUGAGAACCGUCCUUUGCUGUUCUCUUUCAGUUCUACUUCUAAACUCCAGAUUGCUGAUAUCUGCAGUAAUUACAUGUGAUGGGGAUGUCCAGCAUCUACGAUGUGAUACUGGUGUGAUCAGUGUACAGUCAGCAUAUUUUGGCCACACAAGUAGAAACAUUUGCAGCGUUGGUCAAAACACAAAUGAGACAUCAAAUAUGACAUGUACCAUGAGUGUUUCUAUCAUCACUAAGCGGUGUAAUGGACUGAGAGAGUGUGAGAUAAACACUCAAGGACUCACUGAAAAAGAUCCUUGUAUUGAAACCUACAAGUACUACACUACAAACUACAUUUGCAUCCCAGCAAAAAAAAGUGUCACUUGUCCAGGUGGAUACAGUUACUUGAACUGUGAAUACGGUAGAAUUCAGAUAAAUACUGCAAACUAUGGACGUACUGACAAAAUCACCUGCUCUGAAGGACAUCCAUUGAAUCAGACCCAAAACACCAACAGCUAUUCUCCCAAUGCACUCUAUCCUGUUGCAAAAAGGUGGUUCAGAUGCAAUGGGCAGAGAAGUUGUGAGGUGUUUUCGACACAUACAGUCUUUACAGAUCUCUGCUUUGGCACUUACAAGUACCUCACAGUUUCCUAUUUUUGCCUCCCAUCUCCAAUCCGUUCUGUUGUGAUCUGUGAACAUCAGGAAAAUAUACUGGGCUGUGAGGAAGGGACUCGUAUUCACAUUGACAGCGCUAACUAUGGCCGAACUGACAGCAGCACGUGCUCUGCUGGACGACCUGCAACUCAGCUUGUCAAAACGGACUGCUAUGCGGGAAAUUCACUGGCAAUAGUUGCUAAGGAAUGUGAAGACAAAGAUAGCUGUUCCAUACGAGCCUCCAAUGAUGUCUUUUUGGAUCCAUGUUAUGGCACAUUCAAGUACCUGUACAUCACAUACUCCUGUGCGGCUGUCUAAUAUGGCACAGAUUUUUAGAAAGAAUAUCUCAACUCUGUUGGUCCAUAAAAUGCAAGUGAAUGGUGAUCCGUUUUAGCUCCAAAAAUCACAAAGGAAACAAAGUAAUCCAUGACUCCAGUGGUUAAAUGUGAAGCAUUUAGUAGGUGAGAAACAGAUACAAUAUUUUUCCUUUUUUAUUUACUCAAAUCUUUCUGACAGUCACAUGUAGUGUCUGUUUAGUUUCACUUUUACAUUUGACAGUCACAUGUAGUGUUUUAGUUUCACUUUUACAUCUGAAAGUGAAGAUUGAGUAAAAUAUUAAAUGUUGAUUUGUUUCUCACCCACUUCCUACAGAGCUGAGAUAGUUUUUUUUUUUUAUAAAGUUUGUGUUCUGUUGAAGAAAGUCAUACACAUCUGGGAUUGCAUAACGGUGAGUAAACGAUGAGAGAAUUUGCAAUUUCGGUGAACUAUACCUUUAAAUGUUAACAUAUCUAAAAAGUAAUGAAAGCUACUUAUGUAGUCAAAGCAUUGAAAUGGCUUGACUCACUUAUUUGGUAAUUUUUUUUUUCCCCAUUUGAAAUUCUUUAACAAAAUAGGUGUACUUGUGUGACUACCAGUAUCUACACUAAGGGCAGUGUGGUGGUGGAAAAAUAGGACUUUAUGGACUAUGCAAUCCUAAAAUCUUUAUUUUUUUAUUAUGUAAAAAGGCGGGGGGUUUUUUUGGCAUGAUAACUUGUUAAAACUAACAUUAGGUGGUUUGUUUCCAAGAGAGGGUUAAAAAAAAAAAAGGCUUUACUCAUUCAGAGAUUACCACUAAAAUAAAGUUUUAAAUUCCCUCAUUUCAGUUUAAGAUUACCACUAAUACUACUGUGUACGAACAUGACAUGAAUUUAAAAAAAUACCAAACAAGCACCCAACAAAAAAUAAGCAGACAACUACAUUCCGUGUUUGGUGAAAAUAAACUGACAGUUUAAUACCCAUACAAUAAAACCUGUAAAUACUGAUGAAUUAUACUAAAAUAAAAGACCGUAAAAAAAAAAAAAUGAAAAAUGCACAACCAGCUAGUGGAAAAUAGGGGUAUUAUGAGGAAGGACGAUUAGAGUUCACAAACCCACGAUCCCCAAUACACUCACUCUCUCGCAUUCACGCAGUCAUUUUUCCAAAUCAGUUACUCUUCAUUAGCAGCACACUCACUCGUACAUUCGCACAAACACGCACAAGGAUAGGGUUUUGAUAAUCAGUACAUGCUAAAUUCACAAACAAAAUUACUGGACCUGCUAUAACGUCAUCAAGUCACCCUGUGAGCAUCCCC